GGCCCGCUUCUCGCAGAAUGCCCAAGGUUUCGAGCGACUGAACAAGUCCGCGUGGAAUCGGCCGUUUACAGUGAAGUGUGUCCAGGAUUUGCAGUGCCCACGAAGGGAUCAGUUGUGUGUUCGUCGGGUGGGUCCAGUGGCGUCCAGCGAGCGCACCGGGAAUCCGUUCUUCGCGGCCUCUCGACCGCUGGCCGACAUGGCCGCCGCUUAGCGCGCCUCUGGUCGGUGCGCAACAGGCCGCCCCCAGAGUGCAGUGAGUGCCACCCCCGUGCAGUGCAGUUCAGUGCCGCCGCCCCAGACACGCGGCGCGCCUCGAGCGGGAUCACUACUCGGACGCAAAAUAACCGAGAACAAAACUGGAAGCCCAGGGCUGCUUCGAGACUUGGCCGAGGAUCUUACAUCAGGCAUGUGAAGAAGGUGCUAGCGACGAUGAGGGACCUAGGAGGAGCCUGGCACGGCCGCUAGAUCCCCUGGCCAUAUGGCUCACUAUGGUGGCCCAACUUCCCCGCCGCGCGUGCAUCGCCCGCGGGCGCCCAUCAUGAGCGCCCCUGCGCCGCUGACCGCUCCUCUAGCACCGCUGCGGCCUCAACCGCCGGUAACGCUCGCCGCCCCACGUCCAGAAAAUGAACGGGCAACGAACGAGUACGUGGAAACCCCGUUUCGAGCGGCCAAGCCGCCCACCCCGCCUCCGCCGCCCCAGCCGCCCCGGAGCCAGCGGCCCGCCCGGCUCGCCCUCCCCGCGCCGACGCCCCCCGUCACCAAGCAGCCGGCGACGGCUUCCUUCAGCAAGGAGCCGGCGGCGGCCGAGUGCGUCGCCCGCCCCUCCAUCGUGUGCCCCGAGUGCAGCCGGUGCCGGUGCGAGUCCUGCCAGCAGCCGCGGCCGCUACCCCAACGCUGGGUCUGCAACGACGGCUGCCUCCUCUCCGCCGACAGCGUCGUGGACUACGCCUCCUGCCUGUGCUGCGUCAAGGCCAUGUUCUACCACUGCUCCGAGGCGGACGGCGGCGAGUCCUGCGCCGACUACCCCUGCGGCUGCGGCCCCGACCGCCGCAAGGCGCGCUGGGGCUGCCUCGGCGCGCUCUCCUUCGUCCUGCCCUGCCUCUGGCUCUACUGGCCCCUGCGGGGCUGCAAGCACGUCGUCGAGCUGUGCUACGCGAGGCACUCGAGGACGGGCUGCCGCUGCCGGCCCCCGCUCGCCACCCCCGAGAAAAGACUGCUGGACUCGAGCCCGGACUUUUAGUUGUUGUGGCAACAGUGUCGUACGGACGGAAGACGGGUGCCACCCCGUCACGACUGCCAUGUGUACCUAAUUGCAUAACCGAUACUUUACAUUAAUUUAUUUCUCUUUUUUGUAAAUAUACAAGUGUAACUGAACAUGAUAUUCCGUGCUUGUUUGCCGAGUGGCCCCCGGACGUGGACCUAGGACGUCGUCGACUUGAAGAGGUGCUGUGCUAUGCUGUGUUAUUUUGUGUACGCUGAUUCGAAGGGGGAGGGGGCACCGGAACUACCGCGGCUCUCCAGUAUUAUCUAGUCCUGCGCUCUGAGAAUUACCGCUUCCGAGUCGUGUGCGAUUCCCUUUUUCUCGUAUACGUAUAUAUAUUUGACCCAACUCGGAUACCCACCAACACCACCUACCCACCUACCUACCUACUUACUAUACCCGCACCAAAUCCAUCUAUCUAUCUACUCGACUAACAGAAUAUGAUGAAGUAACAUUCCACUACUUCACUAGAUGGACCGUACUGUAUCCCUCCGACUGUCAAAAACAUUAGGUUAUGUCAACGUCGUUGACAUGUUUUCCACUAAACCGGUUUCACACCCGAACGAGUCAUUUUCGCACUGCCAAAAUACAAUGAUCGAGCGGUGUUGGUGUAGAUCCGAUUCAGGUCUCGUACAUAUAUAUCCGUCAGCCCUUUACUUAGUCAGGUCCGCGAAGCUAAACCGCCCGCCUUCUGUGAAGUCACCGGUAGCGGUAUUCCCGGAUCCCGGAGUCGCCACACCACUCGGAAGCGUCAUAGUCGUGUGAGUGUGCCUGUAUGUUUGCUGAUGUACGCAUCAACACAACACACCUGCAAAACCUGUGCUUAAACCACCCACGAAAUUCGCAUAUUUUUUAUUAUUCUCAUCAUUAUUAUUAUUGCGAUGACGCCUCAUACUUUCUACAACAGUAUUACAUUCUCUCACUUUUUUCUUUUAUUCAAAUAUGUUGAAAUCUUGACCGCUUUCGAAGAAAGAACGCGGUUUAAUCACAGGUCCGUGGGCGAUAUUGAAACAUAACAAAAGAUUUACAAGUAGUCUGUACUACCCAUGUAACAACUUACAAGAAAAACUGUACUGUUUAUCGCAUUCGAGUUAAAUGUUGGUGCGGUAAGGUGUCGCACUGAGAGAGGGGAGUUUGCGACUGGGAAAAUUUCUAAAAAUCCAGACAUUCGACUUCUUACACAUAUUUAAAAUUAUUUUGUAUUAUGCGUUUGUCUGGGUCUGUGAUAAGAAAAAUGAGAUAAACUCGCCUCGUCAAUGCGGUCUUUAUUCGCGCAAUCGUUUCGUAAUGGUAAACAUACAUCAUAGGAGUUAUCGUUCUUUGCUUUGUAAAACCCACCAUUACCCAUUCUAACUUCACACAGUGUCGUGUAAACCACCUUCAAAAUUUGUCGAGUACAGUUCCUAUUGUUACAGACAUACAUAACUCUACAUUUUAUCUAAUUAAAACAGGUGUAAUUUUUUCUAUUCGUAUAUAAAAGAAUUUAAUGUGCAAACAGAUUGCGCUGGGUGUGUAUCGUACGUAAAGUAAACUACAAUUUUACAAAAACCAAUCACUUGUUUUUGUACUGUGCUUUUCUGGUUGUUGCAUAAAAUGCACCGGAGGACUCAUCGCAAAAGCAACGACGUGAUUUGUUUUCGUAAAACAAGUUAUGUCAUGGGGGAGAUACUCUCAUUAUUUUUGAGUGCCAAAAGGCGCAAACUGUAUAGUUACUGUACAUAUUACAAAUUAGUAAUUUUGUAAAGGUAUAUAAUUAGAUCGCUGGAUGAGCGUAACGCUAAAAAGUGCCACCGCAUGCAUGUUCCGUUUGACUAAAGUCCAUCCUCCACGACACUACGAAAUUUUCCCUGAAUUGCAAAACCGUCAGUCAGAGUCAAUACGGAGUUUAUUCCACCGGAUGUCGCGUACGGUUGCACCUUUUUAACCACCAUCCGCCGAUCUGAUGAUAUAAGUAAUGCAAAGUCGUUGUUAUUCUCUAAUGUUAAUAACAACAGAUCAUCGAAGUUA